UUCGCAUCCGCGCACCUACCUACCUACAUCCUCAAUCCUGCACCUGUGCCCUCUCUCGAGUCCCUUAGAUCCCGUCCGCAAAUGGCCUCAGAUCACGUUAGCUACUAGUCUUAUCAAAUAGGGAUGUUAAUCAGAUCGGAGGCGGUGAAAUGAGGCGCGCAUUCCACCUCGCAGAACACCUACUCCCCCCACACCACCGUCGCUAUCCCACAUCGAGGUCCGUCCGGGGCAGUCUAUGUGGCCACGCCGCGCCCAUCACCACCUUCACCCUCAAGUCGCCAGCCGUCCCCGUCACGCUGCCCGACGGCCUCUCGGAAGCGGAGCUGCUGGCCUUCGCACCCUUCAAUGACUGGCUCCGGACGCUGACGCGCUCGCUGUCGCGGCAGCGCGCGGCGGCCGGGCACCCCUUCGCGGCGGACCCGUACGCGCUGCGCGGGAUCGCGGUGCAGAGCUACGACUGGUUCGGCGGGCGGGGCGGGGCGCGGCGGCUCGGCUUCGUCAAGCUGGCGGCGGACGUGGCGAACGGCGCGGGCGAGGCGCUGGCGGGCGGCGUGCUGCUGCGCGGGCCGAGCGUCGCGGUGCUCGUGGUGCUGGCGCCCGACGACGGCGGCGACGAGCGCUACGCCGUGCUCACGGUGCAGCCGCGCGUCGCCGCCGGCUGCCUCGCCUUCGCCGAGCUGCCCGCCGGCAUGCUGGACGGCGGCGGCAGCGGCAGCGGCGAGCUCGCCGGCGCCGCCGCCCGCGAGAUGCGCGAGGAGCUCGGCCUCGCCAUCCCCGCCGCCGACCUGCGCUGCCUGACCGACAUGGCGCUCGCCGCCGCCACCGCCGCCGACGACGACGACGACGACGACGGGUCCGCGCCCGAGCACGAGCACGAGCACGAGCGCCUCCCCCCCGCCGUCUACCCCUCCCCCGGCGCCUGCGACGAGUACGUCGCCAUCUACGCCCACGAGCGCCGCGUCCCCCGCGCCCAGCUGCGCGAGUGGGCCGGCCGCCUGACCGGCCGCCGCGACGAGGGCGAACGCAUCACGCUGCGGCUCGUGCCCCUGCGGGACCUCUGGCGCGAGGGCGCCCGCGACGCCAAGUGCCUCGCCGCGCUGGCGCUGUGGGAGGGGCUGCGCCGCGAGGGGAGGGUGUGAGGGCCGCGGGUCGCGGAAGUGGGCAGGCAGGUUAGUCAGGCAGGUGAGGAUGUGAGGGAGUAAGGUUGGCGGCUGGCGAAAUCGAAAAGAAAGAUUCGGAUGCCACCCGUCGACCUAGUUACUUU